UUUUCAUUCCGGCAUUGCAGUCCACACUACAAACUUCGAGUAGCCGUAGGUGAUGAGUUGUCGUGUAACGAGACUACUAGAUGGUGGACUAGUGUCCACUCCAUUUAAAACUACUCAUUGUGCUUUAGAACGUUGUGAUAACAAUUAUUCGUCGCGUAAAAGUGUGAAGUAACAAAAACGGUAACAGAAAUAUUUUUAGGAGAGUGAAAGCCGCUAAAUUGUUUAUCUAAGGGAGCAAUGACCCACAUAAUAAUGGGCAAAAAGGAUUUCAAACUUAUGUUUUCUCUCUUACUGCAAAAUUAAAAAGAACUGUAGUAGCUUUAUUGUUACCAUAGAUAGCUCGGAAUGGGACACAAAGGAAUUCAUCCUAGAAUUAAUUAGCCUCAAACUGGAAAUCGCUUCAACCAAACUUGAUCCGAAGAAGCCAAAAGACUAGGCAAAUUCAACCCACAGAACACAGGCCAAUUUUCAUUAAAUAAAUGAAGAAUGUUCGGCGGAAUUAUAUUCAUGGAAGAUAAAGGAAAGGUGUGUCUGUACUUCUUAGAUGCUUAAGGGAGGAUAGAAUUAAUUUACAAGAUUCAAUUGAAGUUGAGAUAUCGUAUCACGAUAGAGUGAAAUGUAGCAUGAUGAAAAUCUUCCUUAUUCUUGUAUUCUUAUUACCACUGUCUUAUUUCGUAAGAGCUGUUAAAAUUAAAUUAAAUCCACGUAUUAUCAAUACAAGAUACGGACGGAUUCAGGGAGUGAUUCAAACUUUUGAGUACAUUAAAUUCUUCAAACCUAUCGACGUAUACCUUGGAAUACCCUAUGCUACUCCGCCUGUUGGAAGCAACAGAUUUUCACCAACUAGGGCUCCCAGCCCAUGGGAGGGAGUCAGAUUGUCUGAUUCAGUUGCUCCAGUGUGCCCUCAAAAUCUUCCAGACAUAUCAAAUGAACAGAAAGCAUUAGAACGAAUGCCCAAAGGAAGGCUAGAAUACCUAAAGAGACUACUACCACAUCUAAAAAAUCAAAGUGAAGAUUGUCUCUAUUUGAACAUAUAUGCACCAGCGAUGGGACUUGCCGACAAUAGUAGAAGAUAUCCAGUUGUGUUGUAUAUUCACGGUGAAAGUUACGAGUGGGGAAGUGGUAACUUGUAUGAUGGUAGUGUUCUUGCAAGUUACGCGAAUCAAGUUAUUGUCACUAUCAACUACCGCUUAGGAGUUUUGGGCUUUCUGAAUGCUAACGUAGCACCAAACAUCAGAGGCAGAGUAGCAAAUUAUGGAUUGAUGGAUCAAAUAGCAGCACUUCACUGGGUACAACAAAAUAUUCUUCUAUUUGGCGGCGAUCCAGGGAACGUCACUCUGAUGGGACAUGGUACUGGAGCAGCCUGCGUCAAUUUUCUUGCUAUUAGCCCAACAGUUAUGACAGGUCUUUUUAAAAGAACUAUCUUAUUAUCCGGCAGUGCUCUUUCUUCUUGGGCUGUCGUUGAGGAUCCUGUGUCCUACGCUGUAAAACUAGCUAAGUUGACCAACUGCUCCAUUCCUAAAGACAUUCUCAAUGAUAACGAGCUUAUAGUUGACUGUCUUAGAGAAACUGACCUGGAAGAGCUGCUCCAGAUACAUAUUGAAGCACCAACCUUUUUAAGUGCCUUUGGACCAAGCGUUGAUGGGGUUGUAAUAAAAACAGACUUCCAAAAAGAUCUUUUAUCUUAUUUAGAUCAAGAAUUUCAAGGAUUCGGGCAACGUUCAAGGAAAUCUGAACAUGGGACCCCUAUUACGAGCAAUAAUAAAUAUGAUUUGCUCUUCGGCGUCAUGACUAGUGAAGCACUUUGGACAUUUUCUGAUAAAGACGUACACCAAGGUUUUGAAGGUGAUAGGAGGGAUCGGAUUAUUAGGACGUAUGUCAGAAAUGCCUACACUUAUCAUCUGACUGAAAUAUUUUAUACGAUAGUGAAUGAGUACACUGAUUGGGAACGAACCGUACAACAUCCUGUCAACAUUAGGGAUUCUUGCGUACAAGCUCUUAGUGAUGCUCAGUACGUAGCUCCUUUAGUACAAACUGGAGACCUUUUCACUUUAAGGCAUACACGUAAAAUUAGCACUCCCCACAUGGUCAAAUUCACGGAAAACGAAAGAGAACCCAUACCAAAAACUUAUUUUUACGUUUUUGAUUAUCAGACAAAAGAUGGAGAUUAUCCGCAAAGAAUGGGUGCUGUACAUGGCGAAGAACUAUCAUUUAUAUUUGGUGCACCCCUUGUUGAUGGCAUGGGUCACUUUCCCAGAAAUUAUACCAGAGCAGAAGUUGCUUUAUCGGAGAGUAUUGUGCAAUACUUUGCUAACUUCAUUAGAAGUGGAAAUCCAAAUGCUAUAGAACACCAUGGUAAGAAUGAUCCAAUCUUACCUGUCAGUCGAGAAAGAAGCCGAUUUCGCAGUCUCAUCUGGGAGCAGUACGAUCCUGUUCAUCAGAAAUAUUUAGAAAUUGGAAUGAAACCUAAAAUAAAAAAUCAUUAUCGUGCACAUGCCCUUUCUGUAUGGCUACGUCUUAUACCUGAACUUCACCGUACUGGAAUAGAAGAUGUAGAACCAAAGCACAAUCUGUUUCGUGGAUAUGCAGAUCUCAACAUCUAUGAUGGUUUAGUCCGACUUGACCCCCUUAAUAGAUUGGGCGAGGAAUUAAGCAUACGGAAUUUGACAACAGAAUCAUCAACUACUGCAGAUUUCAGUAUUACUACCUGCGUGGGUUUAAUACAAAGCACUAAACUUCAAACUAUUCAAAAUGCUACAACCGACACACUUGCUAGUUUGGAUGCAGCAGGUUAUGCUGCUUAUUCUACAGCAUUGAGUGUCACAAUAGCCAUCGGUUGCAGCUUACUCAUUCUUAACGUACUAAUCUUUGCGGGAGUUUACUACCAGAGGGAUAAAACUAGGAUGGAAGUUAAGAACUUGCAACAGAAGCAAAUAACAAAUUACCCAUGUGGUCCCCGAUCUUUUACUGAACUUAAACAGCAGCCACAUUCACAUUUCUUAGAUAGUACUCCAAUAGUCGUCGAUGUUGAAUCUGAGAUGCUUCGAAGAUAAUUCAAAACCAGCUACUACGACGACUGUUAUUCCCAUCCAGGGGCAGUUUCUCCCAAUGCAUAAAUGGAAUCCAAACUCUACAGCUCAGAAAAAACAGAAUCAGCAUCUUCUUCCCAGUUAUUCCGCGACGUUGCUUCCUACAGCCGUAAAUACCUGAAUUUCAUAAAAGAAUAUCCCGAUUCAUUUUGACUUUUCGUAUUACAUAAUAUCCUUGUAAAUAUUGUAAAAACCAUAUCUUUCUUCUCAUUAUUAUAUAUUAUCAUUA